UGCGCGAGGAAGAAACCUGAUAAUUAAUUUCUCAUCAGCUUCUCAAAAAAAAAAAACCACUCUUCUUUAUUUUCCCCACUGAAGAAGAAGUGUUGUGGAACACUUCAAUAAUAAUAAUAAUAUGAAGCAACAGCGGCUGUUCUUUAUCCUCUGUUUGCUCGUCUUGUUUCUAAUAGUGGACGCUCGUGACAAACGUCCACUCAGCGACUACCAGCGCGAAACUGCUCUGUUAACGGCGUUUAAGCAAACCUCCGUCAAGUCGGAUCCUACCAACUUUCUUGGUAACUGGAAAUACGGGUCGGGUCAUGCCCCAUGUUCUUGGCGAGGCGUCUCCUGCUCUAGCGAUGGUACGGUCAUCGGUCUGGACCUACGAAACGGCGGACUUAACGGAACACUGAAUCUCAAAAAUCUCACGGCGUUGAGUUUGUAUCUGCAAGGAAACUUCUUCUUUUCGUCGGCGGGAGAUUCUUCUUCCGGCUGUUCUCUCGAGGUUCUGGACUUAUCGUCAAACUCCUUAUCGGACGCUUCAGUGGUGGAUGACGUCUUCUAGCUGGUGUCUGUCGAUUUCUCGAGUAAUAACCUCAGUGGGGAACUGAAUUCUUCUCCGUCAAACUGUAACUUCCUCGAGAAGCUAAGCCUCUCUCGGAACGGUCUCGGCGGGAAAAUCCCCGGGGGAGGAUACUGGAGAGAUUUCAAGAACCUGAGACAUUUCACUCGCGAACAACUUUUUCUCCGGCGAGAUUCCACCGGAGCUUUCUCUGCUCUGCCCAACGCUAGAGAUCCUCGAUCUAUCCGGCAACAGACUCACCGGCCAGCUCCCGCUAUCAUUCACCUCCUGCGGCUCAUUACAAAGCCUGGAAUCACGCAUCUUUACUUGCCCUACAAUAACAUCUCAGGCUCUGUUCCGGUUUCGCUCACCAACUGUACGAACCUGCGAGUUCUUGAUCUGAUCUCUAACGAGUUCACCGGAGAAGUGCCAUCCGGCUUCCCGGUUCUUGAGAAGCUGCUAAUCGCCAGCAAUUACCUCUCGGGGAGUGUUCCUGUAGAGCUAGGUGAAUGCAAGAGCUUGAAGACUAUAGACCUCAGCUUCAACGCUCUCUCCGGUCCGAUUCCAAGGGAGAUAUGGAGUUUGCCGAACCUCACCGACUUAGUUAUGUGGGGGAACGAUCUAACCGGUGGAAUCCCUGGGAGCAUUUGUGUUGAUGGAGGGAAAUUGGAGACUCUGAUCCUGAACAACAAUCUCUUAACCGGUUCUAUCCCGGAAUCAAUCUCUAGAUGCACCAAUAUGCUUUUCAUCUCCCUUUCUAGUAACCGGUUUACCGGGAAAAUCCCGGUAGGCUUCGGGAACCUUGAGAGGUUGGCGAUUUUGCAACUGGGAAACAAUUCUUUGACCGGGAAUGUCCCGCCUGAGCUUGGAAACUGCAAGAGCCUUGUCUGGCUUGAUCUGAACAGAAACCAUCUAACCGGAAACCUCCCAGCUGAGCUUGCAAGCCAGGCCGGUCUGGUAAUGCCUGUAAGAGUCUCUGUUAAACAGUUAGCGUAUAUUAGGAACGAAGAUGGGAGGGGUUGCAGAGGUGCAGGCGGUUUGUUUGCGUUGGAAGUUGUUCUUGUAAAGCGGUUAAGGGAUUCGCCGAUGGUUCAAUCUUGUCCCAAGGAUAGGAUAUACCCAGUGAGAUACAUUUUCUCGAGUAACGGGAGCAUGGUCUACUUCGACCUCUCAUAUAAUUCCGUUUCUGGUUCUAUCCCUCUGAGUUAUGGUGACAUGGAGUACCUUCAGAUCUUGAAUUUGGGACAUAACCUGUUGUCCGGGACCAUACCAGAUAGCUUCUGGGGAUUGAAAGAAAUUGGAGUUCUUGAUCCGGGAUCACUUGGAGGCCUCUCUUUCCUCACCGACUUGGACGUUUCUAACAACAAUCUGACCGGACCAAUACCAUCUGGAGGCCAACUUACGACCUUUCAGUCAAACAACUCAGGCCUUUGUGGGAUUCCUCUCUCACUUUGCAGCUCUGUUUCCCGUCCCACAGGCUCCCAUGCUCACCCUAAGGAGCAGGGCAUUGAGACUGGGAUGAUCGCUGGGUUUGUGUUUUCUUUCAUGUGUGUUUUGAUUCUUACUGUAGCGCGUUACCGAGUAAGGAAGGUUAAGAAGAAGGAAAAGAAGAGAGACAAGUACAUUGAGUGCCUUCCCACCUCUGGUAGCAGCAACAACUGGAAACUCUCUACCGCUUCUGAACCGUUAAGCAUUAACGUUGCCACGUUUGAGAAGCCUCUCACUUAUGUAGACCUUUUAGUAGCCACGAAUGGGUUUGGAGAUGUUUACAAGGCUCAACUCGCGGACGGGUCUGUUGUAGCAGUCAAGAAGCUGAAUCAAUUCACAGGACAAGGCGACAGAGAGCUCAUGGCUGAGAUGGAGACCAUUGGAAAAAUCAAAUAUAGAAACCUUGUUCCUCUUUUGGACUAUUGCAAGAUCGGUGAAGAGAGACUUCUUGUCUACGAGUACAUGAGACACGGAAGCUUAGAGACCGUUCUACACAGAGGUGAAAUCUUUCUCGACUGGACUGCGAGGAAGAAGAUUGCAACGGGUGCUUUCCUGCACCAUAGUUGCAUUCCUCACAUUAUCCACAGGAACAUGAAGUCAAGCAAUGUUCUUCUACACCAAGAUCUCAUAGCACGUGUCUCAGAUUUCGGUAUGGUAGGGCUGGUGAGCGCUCUGGAUACCCGUCUCGGUUAUGUUCCACCAGAGUAUCAUUACCAGAGUUUCCAGUGCACCACCGAAGGAGAUGUGUAUAGCUACGGCGUUAUACUUCUUGAGCUUCUCUCAGGCAAGAGACCGAUCGAUCCAGAGGAGUUUGGUGAAGACAACAAUCUCGUGGGAUGGGCUAAGCAGCUCUACAGGGAGAACAGACGAGCUGAGAUUUUUGAUCCGAACCUAAUAACAGAGAAAUCCGACGAUGUUGAGUUGUUUCAUUACUUGAGAAUUGCGUCUUUGUGUCUGGACGAACGACCGUUCGAAAGGCCAACUAUGAUUCAAGUAAUGACAAUGUUGAAAGAGCUUGUCCAGGUUGAUACAGAGAACAAUAGCCUCGAUGAGUUUUCUCUCAAGGAAACGCCUAUGGUCGAAGAAGAAUCACGAGGUACAGAAAGAGAGAUUGUAGAACUCCACUCCACUCUGUAGAUUUGGGAGAGGAAAAAACAACACACCUUUGAUUAAAAACUUGACU